GAAGGGUUAUAGAUUCGUCCACCCACCCACCAAAAGAAGGGACAUUAGAGAAGAGGGAGGGAGAGAGAGAGUGAAAUGUUUUGCUUCCUCUAAUCUGGCGAAUCAUUCGUUCUAGCAAAUUUUGCCGAAAACUCCAAAACCCUCUUUUAGUAAACUCGAUUAACGACAAUCUCAAUCUUCUACAGCUUAUCCUAUAUCUCUCUCUUUUCUUCUCUUCCCCCAACAACAAUUUCAAUCAAAACUCUCUCUCAGCUGAAAGGUAAAUGAUGAUCCUUCUGCUGGUUGAUGUACGAGCAUAGCUUACCAGUGAAGUAACGAAUCAUUUUUGCCACAAUUUGAAGGAACAUUGCAAGCAGAUUAUAGCUUUCCCUUGGAACACUCAAAUUUGUGAUUAAGAGAAUCAGAGUUUGCUUAUCCAUAUAACAGAUCACCCGAACAGAAGAGGGAGGGUACUGGUUUGCGGAGUCAAUUGGACUUCUGCGAGCUUAGAAUCCUCUCUCCUUUAUUUAUUAACGAAAUCAUAGUCAUUAGUCUUGGCUAGUGCUGUUGGGGACUCUUUUUCACAAAGCGUGCAUGUAACAGCAUCCAUGUUUUGGUGAUCUUUGAGUUGAGAAGAGAGAAAAAUUUAAGUUGAAAAAGUGAGGGAUAUUGAAGCUAAAACAAUGGGUGCAGUUUGUUGCUGUUUCAAUGUUGAUGAUUUUGAAGAUUAUAUGAAUCCAAAUAGUUCUGUAUAUAGGAACUGUAUGUGUCUCAGUUGCUUCGUACAGAACUUUUUGACUGUGUAUGAAUCAAUAUUCCGUAGAGGGGAAGUGCAUGCGAUUCCUUCAUCUAUUCAGGGUGCAGCAUCUAUGACUUCUACAGCUUCACUUGAUAAUUCUCUAUCUGACAUGUACCGUUCUCCUCCAAGGCCCUUGCCUUAUGAUGCAGACCCCAGGUUUUUCCGUUCACAGCGUGAAGGACUAGUGUCAAGACGUGAGAAGGGUUCAAGUCAUUUGAAUGAAGAGUCAGAACCUCUAAGAGGUGAUGUAGAUGCUGACUCAGAAUCUUUAAAUUCUGGUGGCAAAUGGAAUGAUACCAGUGAAGAUGGAUCAAAGGAAUACCGUUCCAAGUCCUCUGUAAGACUCUCAUCAGCAAAACUUACAACUGGAGCUGGGGUUGUCUAUUCAUCCUCAGAAGAGGAGGAUGUCUGUCCAACUUGUCUUGAAGAAUACACUGAAGAGAAUCCGAAGAUAGUGACAAAAUGCUCUCAUCAUUUUCAUCUUGGUUGCAUUUAUGAGUGGAUGGAAAGAAGUGACAGCUGUCCUGUUUGUGGGAAGGUGAUGGUAUUUGAUGAAACGACUGAUUGAAAAGGUUUAUGUCGUGGAUGAUACCAACAACAGAGGAAAGGAAAUAUACAGUAUAGACAUUGUGAAUACUUCAGAUUAAGCGCUUAUCAUGUAUAGUAAGUAUAUAACAUUUUUAUUAACCAUCACUGUAAGUUCAAUCUCAUCCAAGUUGUUUCUAUAUUUAUACUUUUCUCCCUUGCCAAAACAUCCAAGAUUAAAAAAAAAAAUGCCAUUUUAGAUGGCGACUUUGUCAUGGUUUCAACAGUUUGCCAUGUAAUAGAAUGAUUUCCUCCCUCUUUUUACUUUUUGUUUUUA